GCCCUCUCUGUGAGCAUACCACAACUCAAUUACGGCCGCAGCAUUGCUUUGUGGGGGCAUCGAUUAACCAACUUGCAUUCAUUUCACGUCUCAGACUCAGAGCGAGCAGAGAGUUGCAGACAUAAUUAUAUACUUGACACUCACUGCGUACUUGCUUUACAAUUGUCACGGCUUCAAUUUCGCGUAAUCCUUAGCGAAGCACACCGAUCAACCAUGGCCCCGCCACCAGAGGCAGGCGCCACAGCGGCGGCAGAGCCCUCCAAACCCCUCAACGAGCUCUUUUCGUCGCUGCCAACGACCAUCUUUGAGGUUAUGAGCAAGCUGGCCAUGGAGCACGCCUCCGUGAACCUGGGCCAGGGCUUCCCCGACGCGGAGGGCCCCGAGGCCAUGAAGCAGAUCGCCAGCGCCUCCAUGUACGACUUCCACAACCAGUACCCCUCACUACUGGGAGUGCCGGAGCUGAGGCAGGCCGUGGCGGCGCACAGCGAGCGGGAGCAGGGCAUCCUGGUGGACUGGGCCACGGAGACGCUCAUCACGGUGGGCGCCACGGAGGGGCUGGCGUCGGCCUUCCUGGGACUCAUCAACCCGGGUGACGAGGUGAUCAUGUUCGACCCCAUGUACGACAGCUACACCUCCAUGGCCAAGCGCAGCGGCGCCGUCAUCGUGCCGGUGCGCCUGCGCCUGCCCGACUUCUCCGUGCCGCUGGAGGAGCUGGCGGCGGCGGUGACGCCCCGCACCAAGAUGAUCAUGAUCAACACGCCGCACAACCCCAGCGGCAAGGUGUUCACGCGGCCCGAGCUUGAGGCCAUUGCGGAGCUGUGCGUGCGCCACGACCUCAUCGCCCUCAGCGACGAGGUGUACGAGCACCUGGUGUUCGGCGGCGCGGCGCACGUGUCGCUGCGCUCGCUGCCGGGCAUGAAGGAGCGCUGCGUGCGGCUGGGCAGCGCGGGCAAGACCUUCAGCUUCACCGCCUGGAAGGUGGGCUGGAUGACUGGCCCGGCCCGACUGCUGAACCCCAUCGUCAAGGCGCACCAGUUCCUGGUGUUCACCGUGCCCUCCAGCCUGCAGCGAGCAGUGGCGCACGGCCUGGACAAGGAGGCGGACUUCUACCACUCUCUGGGCCCCAGCCUGGAGGCCAAGCGGCGGUACCUGGAGGCCGAGCUGACGGCGCUGGGCUUCGACUGCCUGCCCGCACACGGCGCCUACUUCCUGGUGGCAGACGUCAGCAAGUUCCAGCGGCCCGGCGAGGACGACGCCGACUUCGCCAAGCGGCUGACGGCGGAGGGCGGCGUCACCACCAUCCCCAUCUCCGGCUUCUACGUGGGCCCCCGCCCGCCCACCCACCUGGUCCGCUUCUGCUACUGCAAGGAGGACAUCAAGCUCCAGGCGGCGGUGGAGCGGCUCAAGGCGUACGUGGGGCCGGGCGGGAAGGGCGCGCCGCAGUAAUGAGGCUUUUUGCGUGUAUGUGGGUGUGUAUGUGUGUGUAUGCAUGUAUUGGUGCUGGAGAGAGUAAGGGAAGGAGAUACGCAGGUGUGUAUGCAGCUGCUUUGGGUGGGGGAAGGAGGGUGCGUGAGCGGCGUGGUGGUGUCUGUGCGAGCGAGGGCGAGCGAGGCAGCGGGCGUGAGUGAGCUUAGCUGUGUUGAGCGUGGGGCGUGUGCGGUAGUGUGCAGCAUUGAGUUGUAGCUGGCGGUGUGCCUGCGAUGGAGCUGGAGAUGAGGGGGGGUGCUGUAGGUUGGAGCGACAUUGCACUGGGUGUACGGGACAGAGUGUCGGCAGUCAGCAUGGAGCAUGAUGGGGUGGCAGCCUUGCUGUCACUGCCGAGUACCCGUACCGCCGUACACAGGCGCCGUCUCGCAGCGGACGUGGUCACGUGUCUCAUGAAGGUCAUGAGGGCCGCAUCCUGCACAAGGAAAGCAGUGUGUGGUAGUGUGGUAGGCCGUCGAGGCGCUGAGCAGUUCCGUAGGCUUCUUGGGCUCGCAAGCGCGGCGCAGGGAUGGGCACGGCGUGUGUCAGUCGGGGUAGUGCCUGUCUGAGGCGCCCCUUGGCCUGGGAAGGAUUCGCGUCCGUUGCGUAACUAAGUAAGAUGUAGUUUACUACUUGCCUGGACGGACUAGUCACUCGUGAGCAGGUUGAGCUUAGGCUGCUUAGGUAGAUAGGCAACUCGGGCAGGCAGGAUGACAUAUCGAGGGGAAGUGUGCACCCUUGGGCACGCAGUCACGCAGCUUAAGACGAUCUGUAAUUAUGUGGAUUA